AUGCAUCCUACAUGUAUCCUUGAGAAGGAUGGGGUAAGUGUUAAGGUAGAACAGAAGGUAUACAAAUGUAUGAUUGACUCUCUCUUAUACUUGACUGCUUUUAGACCUGAGAUUUUGUUUGGUGUAUGUUUGCGUGCUCGCUUCCAAUCAGAUCCUAGAGAAUCCCACUUAGCAACUAUUAAGAGGAUCUUCAGGUAUCUUAGAGGUAUGAUUAACCUUGGCUUGUGUUAUAGAAAAUCGAAAGACUACAAGCUAGUGGAUUAUUGUGAUGCUGAUUAUGUUGGAGAUAUACUUGAGAGGAAAAGCACUUCUGGAAGCUGUCAGUUUCUGGGAGACAACCUUAUCUCAUGGUCUGGAAAAAGGCAAUCAAUAAUAGCACUAUCAACUGCUGAAGUUGAAUACAUUGCAGCUUCUAGAUGCAACACUCAGAUGCUCUAG